GGGAGGCCUGUAAGGUGCAGGGCAGGCGGCGCCCCGGGAGGGGAGCUGGGGCCUCGCCACCCGCCGUCCGCACGGCCCUGCUGCUGCUGGGGCUCUGGGGGCUCCUCCGCACCUGCACCCACACCCCCUCCCCGGCCCCCCGCUGCCCCUCAUCGGGAACCUACAUUUGCUGCGUGUGUCACAGCAGGACCAGUCGCUGAGGGAGGUAGGUCAGGGCAGGCACGUCCUCAGCUGGGCUCUGCGCCUGGGCCCGGGGCCUGGCCCCUGCCAGCCCUGAAGGCACCCCAGCCCCAUCUCGGGAAAGCUGAGCCCCCAGUUUCCAGGAUCCCUGUGGGGUGGGAGGUUCGUGCCCAGCCUGAUGCUGGGCCGACAGGGGACAUAGGAGGCCCAAGUGCCCGCGUCGCCUCGGGGAAGAGAAACAUAUUCCACCCCACAGGGAAACGGAUGGGCGGACCAAGGAGCAGGGGGCCAAGAGUGGCAGGCCCGGAGGGCUCACUGGAGAAGGCAGCCUUUGAUGAGUGCCUGCAGGAGGGCCAGGGUCGGGGGCGGCAGAGGUCUGGCGAUGGAAAGGACCAGGACCAGCGCAAAGAUGUGCCCGUGGGCCAGGUGGGACGCCUGCUGGGUGCGGCUCCUCCCACCUGGGCUGGAGGCUGAACACCCUCGCCCACCUUGAGCCGGUGAAGCAGAGGUACAGGCCUGGCCCCGCCCUCGAGGGCCAUCCAGCCAACCCCCCCGCCCCCCACUGAGCUCCAGCUCCCAUGAUCACUUGGCUGAGGUGCUUCCAGGACCCACCCAUGAGGCUGCCUCGUGGCCCCCAGGCCCUGCAGGUGGGUGGGGAGCCGUGAUGACCCGCGAAGUCAGGCUGCAGGCACCAGGGUUCUCAGGCCCUGUGCCCAGUGCCGGGCCCCGGAGGCCUCCGUCUGCACGCCGGUGGCAGAGCGGGCAGUGGACAGGAGUGGCAGGCCCUGCUCCACCCGUGUGAUCCACGGCAACUCACUUCCCGCCCCCAGGCCUCAGUUUCCCCAUCUGUAAAGUGGGGAGACAACAGCCCUCCCGUCUCAGGCAGGGGCGCUGGGAGGACAGAAGGGAGGGGGCACACACAGAGGCCCAGGGGCCUCCCUGAGUCCUCCGCAUGUGGCGGGCGGGGCCUGAGGGGCUCCCAGGGGACCUGGGGGUGGGGCAGCAGGCUGAUCCCUGCCCGUCGCGGCCGCUCGCGCAACAGUACGGGCCGGCGUUCACUGUCCAUCUGGGGCGCCAGAAGACGGUGGUGCUGACCGGCUACGAGGCGGUGAGGGAGGCCCUGCUGGGCACCGGACAGGAGCUGGCCGGCCGGCCCCCCAUCCUCAUCUUCCAGCUCAUCCAGGGAGGCGGCGGCCCGCAGGCAUCUUCUUCUCCUCCGGGGCGCGCUGAAGGGCCGCCCGCCAGCUCACCACACGCACCCUCCACGGCCUGGGCGUGGGGAGGGCGCCCGUGGCCGACAAGGUCCUGCAGGAGCCGAGGUGCCUCACGGCGCAGCUGCACAGCGACGGAGCAGUUCUACUACCGGGAUCCCGUGUUCGUGUCCCUGCUGGGUCUCAUCGACAAGGUCAUGGUCCUCUUGGGGACGCCCAGCCUGCAGGGCCCUCCUCCAGCUGCACCGGCCCGUCCUGCGGAAGGUGGAGGCGGUGCGGGCCAUCCUGAGGACCCUCAUGGAGGCACGGCGGCCCCCCGCGCCUGGGCGAGGGCCUGUGCGGAGCUACCUGGACGCCCUGAUCCAGCAGGGCCAGGGGAAAGACCCCGAGGGCCUGUUUGCCGAGGCCAACGUGGUGGCCUGUGCCCUGGACAUGGUCAUGGCUGGCACGGAGACCACGUCCGCCACGCUGCAGUGGGCCGCCCUCCUGAUGGGCAAGCACCCCAGCGUGCAGGGCCGGGUGCAGGAGGAGCUGGACCGAGUGCUGGGGCCUGGGCGGCCCCCCCGGCUGGAGGACCAGCGAUCCCUGCCCUACACCAACGCCGUGCUGCGCGAGGUCCAGCACUUCAUCACCCUGCUGCCCCACAUGCCGCGGUGCACGGCCUCCGACACCCAGCUGGGCGGCUACCUGCUCCCCAAGGGCCCCCUCCCCGUGCUCCCCGCCUGCGGCCGCCUGGGUGGAUGGGGCGUCCAUCCGCCCACCUGCCGCCCCUCACAGGGCACGCCUGUGGUGCCCCUCCUGAGCUCCGUGCUCCUGGACAAGACGCAGUGGGAGACCCCCCGCCAGCUCAGCCCGGGCCACUUCCUGGACGCGGACGGGCGCUUCGUGAAGCGGGCGGCCUUCCUGCCUUUUUCCGCAGGUACUGCAGCCCCGCGGGCGGCGGCCUGGUCCCCGGGGCCUCGAGAGCUCAGGGUCCCCAGCCCGCAGGGCUCCCCCUGCCCCGCCACGGCCUCCGGCACCCACCCCGCACCCCGCGUCCCCUGCAGGCUGCCGUGUCUGCGUGGGGGAGAGCCUGGCCAGGUCGGCGCUGUUCCUGCUGUUCGCAGGCCUCCUGCAGCGGUACCGCCUGCUGCCCCCGCCCGGCCUCAGCGCCGCCACCCUGGACACCACGCCCGCCCUGGCCUUCACCACGCGGCCGCCGGCCCAGGCCCUGUGUGCGGUGCCCAGGCUGCAGGGGCGCUGACCAUGAGAGGCCUGGCCUGACUACGGGACAAAGUCCCAGGGCCGGGGAGGGUCUGAGUCACUCCCGGCUUGUGGUGCUCGGCAGCAGGGCCAGCGUCGCCAGACAACACCUGCCAGGCAGAGGUGCCACCCACCUGCAGCUGGGGAUGCAGGCAGAUGGCAGGGGCUGCUGGGCCCCGGGAUGACGUCCACCCAGAGGCCAGCCUCAGACCAGCGUUCCCGCUUGCUCUGUGCCAUGCCAGGCCCUGCCCUGGGUCCAGUGGGUCUCCUGCAGACCCCACCCCGUUCUCAGAGGUCCUGGGCACCGUGCCCAGGCAGCACUCUGCCCCUGGAGCCAGGCCCCUGAGCCCUGGGGCCACCACAGAGACGCCCUUAACAGAAGACAAGCUAGUUGAGGGACAGCAGCCGCCCAGAGGGCGACAGCGGGGCUUAGGUGGGAAGGAUGAGUAGCAGUUUGCAGGGAGGCCGCCUCCACAAGCCUUUUCUCUGGUCCAUUCUGAGCCCCCACUCCUCUUCCACAUCUGCCCCCAGACCCUCCCCAUGAACCGGCUCCUCGUCUCUGGGUGGAGGUCACCUGUCUGAGGAAGAGCACACAGAGGGGCCCGCUGGCAGUGGGUGGAGGGCCGGGGCCCGGGACGUGGCAGGAGGUUAGCGAUGCUGGCGGAUUCUGCACCAAGUGCCGAGAUCACACCGAUGCCUUCCCAACACCUUCUCCACGAGCUGGAUGGGGGCAAACAAGCCGUGGCUUCCGCCCUCCUGGAGCUCGGAGCUCGCCGACUGGACCGGAGGGAGGCACAGGGCUGGGGGCACACAGGAAAAGGCCCUGUUCCCAGCGGGGGACCAGAGGGCCUUCCUGGAGGAGGGUGGACACCGGAGCAUCAGAUGAGUACAAACUGAAAAGCCUGACCACGCUGAGUGUCAGCGACCACGUGGGGAGGCUACCCUCGGGACAGGAACUGGUGAGCAGGGCGGGGUGCGAGAGCAAGGCCCAGGGCCUCCAGUGCCAGGCACCCCGUGACCCUCCAGGGGGUUCCGACAGAACGACCCAGGACGCACCAGUCAGCACGCAGAUCUUGGGGCAGGGUGUGGGGUGUGGGGAAGGGCAGCUUCCUAAUCAUGAAGAGCAGGGCUGUGGCCACGAUACGUCACGGCGUGCCCGGGAAGGGGAGGGUGGUCCCCGCAUUUCUGGAGGGGGCAGGGCAGCGAGGGUGCGCUGUGUCCUUCUCUUCUUGUCGGUUUGGAACACCUGGCGUUGGACGCGGGGCGGAGGGAGCCCGCCUCGCCCGGGGCACUGCCGAGGUACCAAGCUUCAUUCUGCAGGGUGGGGGCAGAAUGUUCCGGAGGCCAUGGAACUGGCCCAAAGCUGCUGUGGGAAGAGACCCGGCUUUCUGGCAGCGGGCCCUGGUGGGAGGAGGUGGGUACAGCUCUAAGGAGGGAAAAUGCUAGCAUCGCCAUUGCAAGGCCCCUGCUCUCUGCCGUGGACCCAGAGCAGGAACCGUGGCCGCGGCACCUCCCGGGACAUCCCGCUGGGCCCAGGUGCAGGACCCAGAAAGUAAGGCGCUUAUUUUCUAACUUAUAAGAAUAGGUGUCAAAAUGAACCACUUUCAAAGGUGAUGUUUAAGUUUUCUCAAAAGAACCUGACUGGUUGGUUGACAUUUUAUGGCGGUUAUUUUAAAAAGCCAUCCUGCUGGGUUGGAAGGGGUAGAUCCUGGCAGAAAAGGUUUUAAAAAUGUGCUGCUCAGACUUCCCUGCUGGCGCAGUGGUUAAGAAUCCACCUGCCAAUGCAGGGGA